GCUCUGCUUUGUAUGGACGUGGUGGGGGAUUUUUGACAGCGGUAGCGCUGUUGGGAAACAAACAAGGACGUGGUCGGGGUCGGGGACUAAAAUAUUUCCCUCCUCGCUCCUGUUCUCGGUCUCGCCGCACCGACCCGCUUCUCUCAUCCCAGCGAGGUUCCCGAGGUUAUGGAGGCUUCGGAUCGAGCUGUUUAUUGCAAGUCUGAUGAGUGAGAGUGCCGGCAGCCUGCGCCUCCACCGCAAUGGUCGACAUGGAGAGCCACUACCAUCCCCCUUCCCCCCUGGAGGACUCGGUGCUGGACAGCCCCCUGUGCGCCGAUGACGACUUCAUGGGCGGCAUGGAGGAGCUCCAGGACAUCUCCCAGUCUAUCGACAACGAUGCCCUCAGCUCUUUUGAUGUCCCUGAAUACCUGUCCUCCAGCAAUGGCUCAGAAGGCUCCACUGUCUUAGAUGCCCUGACGCCAGCAUCCAGUCCCUCGUCAGUUGUUUACGGGGUGGCAGCAGGCCAGGAGGAGCUCUCAUCUUCCUCCUCAUCGCUCAAUCUGGAGUGUCGAGUGUGUGCUGACCGUGCCUCAGGCUACCACUACGGAGUCCACGCCUGCGAGGGUUGCAAGGGUUUUUUUCGACGGACCAUCCGUCUGAAGCUGGAGUAUGACAAGUGUGAGCGCCGCUGCAAGAUCCAAAAGAAGAACCGCAACAAGUGCCAAUACUGUCGCUUCCAGAAGUGCCUGUCAGUGGGCAUGUCCCACAAUGCCAUCCGUUUUGGUCGGAUGCCCCAAUCGGAGAAGUUAAAGCUGAAGGCGGAGAUGGUAACAGGGGACAGGGUGGUGGAGGACCCUCAGCUAGCCGACCAGAAGACACUGGCCAGGCAGAUUUACGAGGCCUACCUCAAGAACUUCAACAUGAACAAGGCCAAGGCUCGAACCAUUCUCACCGGCAAGACCAGCACCCCUCCUUUCGUCAUCCAUGACAUGGAGACCCUCCAGCUGGCUGAACAGACACUGGUGGCCAAGAUGGUUGGCUCUGCGGGAGUGUUGAAAGACAGGGAAGCAGAGGUUCGGAUUUUCCACUGCUGCCAAUGCACGUCGGUGGAAACCGUCACAGAGCUCACAGAGUUUGCAAAGUCCGUCCCCGGGUUCUCAAGCCUGGACCUCAACGAUCAGGUGACUCUUUUGAAAUAUGGAGUGUACGAGGCUCUUUUCGCCAUGCUCGCCUCCAGUAUGAACAAAGACGGGCUUCUCGUAGCCUACGGUUCAGGCUUCAUCACCCGGGAAUUCCUCAAGAGCCUGCGUCGUCCGUUCAGCGAUAUGAUGGAGCCAAAGUUCCAGUUUGCCAUGAAGUUUAACGCACUGGAGCUGGACGACAGUGACCUGGCUCUGUUUGUGGCCGCUAUCAUCUGCUGUGGAGACCGACCAGGCCUGGUCAAUGUGGCACACAUAGAGAGAAUGCAGGAGAGCAUUGUGCAGGUGCUACAGCUCCAUCUGCUGGCCAAUCACCCAGACGACACUUUCCUCUUCCCCAAGCUGCUGCAGAAACUGGCUGACCUCCGGCAGCUAGUCACCGAGCAUGCACAGCUGGUGCAGGAGAUCAAAAAGACAGAGGACACCUCACUGCACCCACUCCUGCAGGAGAUCUACAGAGACAUGUACUGAGGAUUGUGGAGGAAUAACCAAGAGAGGCACUCUACAAACCAUCUCUUUUUUUCAGGGACAGAAUAAGUAAAAGAGUCCUCCAUAAGCUAGGGUUGAACCACUUAACCCCCCACCCCCUACCCCUCCAAUGCAGUAAGAAUUAGCUUUGGUCAGCGCAAGAGGUCCUGUUUAGGCCCAGUCAAGAAGCUGAUGAUUUGCAUGGUUUGACGCAGUGCUCUCCACUCCAUUGUGUGGACGUUCCCAGACAUGUAUGCAAAGAUGUGAUGUUCAGCUGACUGAGCCCCUAUCUAGACACCAGUGUAUUCAAUCUCAGACCAAACCCUUGGAUACAAACAAUAAAUGCUAAUUUAAAAUCCACGAGGUCAAACUCCAUGGUUAUCCCCAUCCUGACCCCUUAACAAUAAUGAGGACAGAACAAAAAUGAGGACAGAAAGUGAACUUGAUAGUUGCCACUCCAGCAGUAUGUUUGAAAGUAGAUUUUUAUAUUGAUGUCAACAAGCAAAGAGCCAUAUACAUUCACAACACCUUCAAAUGACUUCUGUGGCAGCAGUAACAUUAAGACAGUAAUGGUACAGUUUUCAAGCAAGGCAGCUUCUGCCAAAUUGGCUACCAGUAAAGGGUGGUUAUCCAUGCACCAGCCCUCCAGCAUGUUUCUUCGCCUUUUUUAUACCUGUCACCAGGCUCUUGAGCAUAAUCAUUUAUUUGUACUGUAAGUUUUCUAAGCCAUACUUUCUUGGUAAUGAUACUGGAAAUGACCGUCUGUCAUAUUCUUUUCUCUUCUUAACAAGACAGCAUCAAGACUUGGAAUGGAUUGUCAUCACUUACUACUCAACUUAUACACAAACUGUUCAGGCAGUGGUAUUUUUACACUUUAGAAUAAGAUAGCAAAAUCUUAAAGUUUAUAAGAAAAUCUGAGGUUUUUGCAGACUGAAAUGACCACAGGCACAGAUUCACUGUGUACAUGCACCAUAAUGCACAUCUGAAGGACAGACGUGCCUGUUAUAUGUUAAUAUGGCACCAUUUUAUACUGGACCUCUGUCGAAUGCCUUUUUCGCAAAACACAUGCACAGACGUUUGGCACUCCAUCCUGUUUUGUGUCCUGGUAUUCAAGGGCUAACACCAAGAUAAACCGCAUUACAACCUUAAUACAGGCAGACUUUGGAUGGAUUUGCUGGAAAUGAAUUAAUCCGUUUCUUAAUUUCUCACUCCCUGAAGUGCUGUUCCUCAAAAUUAUGUCCCAUUAUUUUUUUUCUCUGUUGUGUUGUCUCUCUCUUUCUCCCGUCAGUCCCUCUGCCUUCUAUUGUGUUUCGCUGACUGUGUUUGGUCCUCGAAACACAUGCAACUGAUUAGGAUUCAGGGGUGCACAUUUUUUAUAUGGUGGCAAAUGAAAAGCAUUAUUCUUUUCUUGAUAGAGGGAAAUCAUAAUGGUAUAGCCUCACAGAUUAAACCAAUACUUUGACAAGUCUGCACUUAUUUGAUUAAGCAAGUAAAAUAAAGCCGGUCAGACUUUUUAAACAGCUAAAAAAUUAGUAGACAUCUUUCACAAUUAGACAAGUAUAAAGUGAUGGGUGAAGACCAAAUACGUUUCCAUAAGGUAUCAUUCACAUGUUUUGUCCUCUAUCUGUUAUGAUAACUGUGCAUGUGAAAAGGUGACUCCUGGAUGCUGUUGUCAUACUGCCUUUUGUAAAAAAAAAAAAAGAAAGAAAGAAAAAAAAGAAAGAAAAGAAAAAGAUCAUGCUACACAGAAGACCUACAGUAAAGGAAUGUUGAUGGUGAAAACAUGCAUGUCUGAUAGUUUGGAUAAUACAUAUGUGGAUCUGUGAGAGAAUGUCCCCCCCCCCCCCCAAAAAAAAAAAAAAAAUCUGCUUAUCCAACCAAAGUCUCCUAAAAUCAUUAUGAACUGAUUGAAACUUUGUCACGAGAAAUGGACCUUGUGUUUAUAAUUACAUCACAUUGUAUAAACAGAGUGUACUGUACAUAGCUGAAAUGAUCACGCUGACUGCUUGCCCCAACCUUUAACUCUUGAGGUAUACAAGGUACUAAUGAUGAUCAACUUUUGUAUUCCUCCGUUUUGGUAAACAGUGUUUGAAAUUUUACAGUAAAUGUAGUUAUGUACUGUUUUUUUUUUGUUUUUUUUUUGCUUAAAAUGCCACAUAAUUGUGUUUUGAUUGAAUUGGAUCAUAUUUUUAUACUAAAGUAUAUAUGUAUGACUAAAUCAGAUAAUUGUUUAUUUGAAAUGGCACGAUUUAAGAGUGCAAUGUAAAUAGAAUUAAGGGUAAUAGGGCAACUGGUAAUCUGAAUAUCCAUAAAUCUGAAUCUCAUUGGGGACAUUCCUUUUUGUUAAUUGCUGUUUUCUAGAACGAGAAACAUCAAGGCUACAAUAUGCAUUCGGUUCAUUUCAACUGUACUUCAUUUAUCUGUUAAAUUAAUCUUAUGGUUUAAACUGAACGCAUACGAGGGCUGUGCAGGGAUGCACCAGCUCACAACUUCGGGUAGUUGAUUAAAACUUGACCUCUGUGACCUUGGAAUACAAUGAAAACAACAUUUAUCAUUUGAAAAGUCAAGCUACAACUAGGCCCUGAUCAUACAAUACUGGUCUCAUCUCUUAUACUCUGUUCUCAGGUUGAAAAAACAAAUGGGGUAGUUAAUAUAUGCACAGAAUUUCACCAUUCAGAAAUGCUCCAUUGUUGCCUCUUCAUAUUGAACAAACCAACCUGUAUUUUUUUUAGUCGUCAAAUAGAGAAAGAGAAUGCACUCAUAAUUUGCCAUCACAUCACAUGUUUUUAUAGUAAAGAAGAUGCAGUAAUGAAAAUGCAGUAUAUGUUGUUUUAUAAUCAUAUUUUGUCACACUUUUUGUCUUGACUUUUCUCUCCUCACUCGCUGCUAUAUUGUACUAACUCACCCAACAUUUCUUAUGCCAUGAGUAGAUUACUGACACUUCAAGCUGCCUCUUACUUAUUAUAUCUUCUUACAGAAUGUCAAUCCCAAAUGCAGAUUUCACUAAACACAACUUGUUUUUUUUGGGAGUACCCAAUUAUGCUUGGGAAUCAACAAACAAUCUGUGCCUUAGCGUGUGCCCAUGCCAUACAACACUAGAGAUUCAGAUUUUUUUUAAAACUUGACUUGUGCACACACUUUUAGAAUUGUAAACGGUUGGUGUCUUCAGCUAGAUUUAUGUAGCUGUUGGUGACACAAUAGGGCUACGCAGACAGGAAAUGAUGUCAUGGCAGAUUUACAUUAAACUACAGUAAGAAAGAGGCUCAUAAGUGCUAUUGAAGCAUCAUUUUACAUCAACAAUGAAGGAUUUGCUUUGAAGUAAGAACAGACUUUUAAAAGCUAAACACAAAAUGGUUGAAUCGCUAGAGCCAGGCCCUUGAGGAAAAGUCAUCUAAAUUUGUGAUGUCUGCUUACCCUUAGGAAUGUCUGUUUUGUGUUGUAUUGACAAGGGACUUUUUAACUUUUAUCAGGGAAACCUAGUCUUCCUUUGUUGAACUAGCUCAGGACAUAGAAAGGUACUGUUCUUUCCCCUCUCUCUCUCUCUCUCUCUCUCUCUCUCAUUCUCUCCCUCUCAUUCUCUCUGGAAUAAAUGUAUAGUGCUCUGCCUUACAGCACACAAACACCAACAACAAUAUUGAUUAUUAUCUUAUUUUCAUUUUCCAAAACUGACAGAAAAAAUGUUACUGGGGGCAGCAGUCAUAAGAAUUAGAUAUUUGAUUUUUUUUUUUUUUUUCUUCCUGGAUUUCAUGGAGUUUGUGUUUGUGGCUAUAGUGUCAUGCAAAGACACAACAGAGACUGUCUUUGGAUGUGUUGUUAAUGUGUACUGUGGCUUGGUAACAAUACUGUAAAUGUUUGAUGAAUGUAUAUCUAGUCAUUUAAACAAUGAAACAAGUUGACAUUGAAUGGAUUUCAAAAUUAAAUGAUUUUAAAAUCCA